UGGAUAAUAGAGCGCCGUUCAAUUUCGAAAAACCCAGCUUGUCGACCGUUGAGACUUGGGCAUUCUCUCAAGUUUGAAGGUCAUAGACUUGACUUCUUGAAUGAAUGAAGUAACUAAGCAUAUUUGCUUCACACUGGGCUUAGAUCUGACUGUUUUUCCAGAUCUCAUAGAUCAUGAGACGCCAUGGCUGGCAGCGUCCCCUGCACCCUCUACAGUAUGUCGGGAUGGCUAUUUACAGUCUUCUGGUCGUGUCCUUCUUUACUUUCCUGGGGCUUUGCUUCGGAAAUAGAGCAGCGGAGAUUGUAAUGAACGUGAUAUUUUCCUUUGUGGCCAUCUCCGUUAUGCUUUUGUACAUUAGGUGUACUGCUAUUGAUCCAACAGACAGAACCAGCUUCAGGAAGAAGAAGAAAGUAAAGUCUAAUGGAAUUUCCAAGCUAAAUUAUGGUUUUAUACUGGGACAGAUUAUCGUAAGGUUUUUCAGAAGGGUUGAAAGGAAGAUGCUUAGGACAUUCAUCAAGAGGAAGUACCUAGAUCCAUGGAAGACAAGCAACCAAAUGGAGCCUUUGCUCCCAUUUCCACUUGUCAUGAAAGAUGAUGCCAUUGCACCCAAUCUGAGAGAGGAUGACAUCUCAUUUUGCCUGCUUUGUGAUUUUGAGGUGAAAAGGCACAGUAAACACUGCAGAACAUGUAACCGCUGCGUUGAAGGGUUUGACCAUCAUUGCAGAUGGUUGAAUAACUGCGUUGGGAAGAGGAACUACACAACAUUCUUUCUUCUUAUGAUUUUCGUCCUGUUAAUGCUAAUCAUAGAAGGAGGAAGUGCAAUUGCUGUAUUUGUUAGGUGCUUUGCAGAUAAGAACGGAAUAGAAAAGGAGCUUGAGAGAGAGUUUAAUGUAGAGUUUCCAAGAGGAGUUCUUGCCACUAUAUGUGUUUUGCUAGUUUUACUGACAGCUUAUAGUUCAGCAGCAUUGGGACAGCUUUUCUUCUUUCAUGUGGUUCUGAUACGAAAGGGGAUGAGAACCUAUGACUACAUCUUGGCAAUGAAAGAAGAGAACCAAGCCCUUGAAGUAGAUUCAAUAGAUGAUUCUGAUUUCUCUUCAGACGAGAGCAUCGAUUUUGAUACCCCUGAGAAGCCAACUCUGAUGUCAAGGUUUCUGUGCAAAGGGCAAAGAAUGAAUCAGGGCUCACGCAGAUUGUCCAUCAGAAUUGAAGGAGAAACUGAGACUAAAUCGGGAUUCCAUGUCAACAUAAACCCAUGGAAACUCAUAAAGUUGACCCAAGAGAAGGCCCUACUAGCAACUGAGAAGGCCAGAGAAAGGCUUGCGAAAGAAAAGUCAUUAGGAGUGCAAAAUCCUUUGAAACCCCUUCCUCUAGAGACAAAACGUGGCCCAUUGAUGCACGCAAAUCAAAAUAUGGGCAAUGUGGGAACUGAUUCUAGUCCUUUUAUGUUUAAGGGCAGGCUUCCAGGAUCACCAGGCAGGUUAUCAAGCCCCAGAAGGAGACUUUCUGGCUCAGCAACAGUCUUCUCUAGCAUACUGGCUUCCCCACAACACAAAUACAGGAGCAGUUUUGAUUUGAAGUUAACAGGUGUAUCGAGAGAGCUUGAAACACAUAUUUCAAGACAGGUUCUAUGUUCAGUUAUAAGCAAGGAUGGAAGUGAACCAUCCCGAAUAUAGAUAGUUUUAUUCUCAGCUUUUGAGAAAGAUACUGAUACAUGAUAUGUUCAUUAUCAUAACUUAUACAUGGGGUAAUUCUGGU